AUGUGUCCCGGUGCCGACCCCGAGCCCAAUGGGCAAACUAACGGUGCCAACGGCGCCAACGGUGACCACCCCGGCUUCGUUGGCAUUGAGACCCGCCAGAACCCUCACCCCACCCAAUCCCGCAACCCCUACGGUCACAACGUCGGUGUUACCGAUUUCUUGAGCAACGUCUCCCGCUUCCAGAUCAUUGAGAGCACCUUGCGUGAGGGCGAGCAGUUCGCCAACGCCUUCUUUGAUACCGAAAAGAAAAUCGAGAUCGCCAGGGCUCUUGAUGACUUCGGUGUUGACUACAUUGAGCUCACCAGCCCUUGCGCUUCCGAGCAGUCCCGUCUUGACUGCGAGGCUAUUUGCAAGCUUGGUCUGAAGGCCAAGAUUCUCACUCACAUUCGCUGCCACAUGGAUGAUGCCCGUGUUGCUGUCGAGACUGGUGUUGACGGAGUCGAUGUCGUCAUUGGCACUUCCUCCUACCUCCGUGAGCACUCCCACGGCAAGGACAUGACCUACAUCAAGAACGCCGCCAUUGAAGUUAUCGAGUUCGUCAAGUCCAAGGGCAUUGAGAUCCGUUUCUCCAGCGAGGACUCCUUCCGUUCCGACCUGGUUGACCUUCUGUCCAUCUACUCCGCCGUCGACAAGGUCGGUGUCCAGCGUGUCGGUAUUGCCGAUACCGUCGGCUGUGCCUCCCCUCGCCAGGUCUACGAGCUCGUCCGUGUCCUCCGGGGUGUUGUUGGCUGCGAUAUUGAGACUCACUUCCACAAUGACACUGGCUGUGCCAUUGCCAACGCCUACUGUGCCCUCGAGGCCGGUGCCACCCACAUUGAUACCUCCGUCCUCGGUAUCGGUGAGCGUAACGGUAUCACCCCUCUCGGUGGUCUGAUGGCCCGCAUGAUGGUCGCCGACCCCGAGUACGUCAAGGGCAAGUACAAGCUCGAGAAGCUCAAGGAUAUUGAGGACCUCGUUGCCGAGGCCGUCCAGGUCAAUAUUCCCUUCAACAACUACAUCACUGGUUUCUGUGCCUUCACCCACAAGGCCGGUAUCCACGCCAAGGCUAUCCUCAACAACCCCAGCACUUACGAGAUUAUCAAUCCCGCCGACUUCGGCAUGACCCGCUACGUCCACUUCGCUUCUCGUCUGACUGGCUGGAACGCCAUCAAGUCGCGUGCUCAGCAGCUCAAGAUCGAGAUGACUGAUGCUCAGUGCAAGGAGUGCACUGCCAAGAUUAAGGCUCUGGCUGACAUUCGCCCUAUUGCCGUCGAUGAUGCCGACUCUAUCAUCCGCGCCUAUCACCGCAACCUCAAGUCCGGUGAGGACAAGCCCUUGAUGGACUUGAGCCCCGAGGAGCAGGCCCAGUUCGCCGAGAAGGAGAAGGAGCUCGCGGCUGAGGCCGAGGCCAACAAUGUUGCCCUCUAA